CGCCGCUGGGAGGCGGCCUCUGCGUGGGGGUGACCUGGAUUGGACAAAACCUGGGGUGGGGGUGUCUCCGUGCGAGGAGGAAGCCCUGCGCCCCGCACCUCCCUGCAGUCUGCGUGGAGACCGCUGGUGGCCCGGGCCAGUGUGGCUUCAGUGAUGCCCAGCCGAGGUGUGGGCUCCGUGCUGGGUGUGGUUGGCCGCUGUGCUGCCAGCAGGUGUCCAGCCAGGGGCCAGGGCUUGGGCAGCAGCCGCCAGAGUGCCUGCUGGCUGUGCCCCCACCCCUGGGUUAUGACGACCCCCAGUAAAGGAAACAAGGCCUUGAAGGUGAAGCGCGAGCCAGGCGAGAAUGGCACCAGCUUGACGGACGAGGAGCUGGUGAGCAUGUCCGUGCGGGAGCUGAACCAGCACCUGCGGGGCCUGUCCAAGGAGGAGAUCGUCCAGCUCAAACAGCGGAGACGCACGCUCAAGAACCGUGGCUACGCGGCCAGCUGCCGGGUGAAGCGCGUCACGCAGAAGGAGGAGCUGGAGAAGCAGAAGGCGGAGCUGCAGCAGGAGGUGGAGAAGCUGGCCUCAGAGAAUGCCAGCAUGCGGCUGGAGCUUGACGCCCUGCGCUCCAAGUACGAGGCCCUGCAGAACUUCGCCAGGACAGUGGCCCGCAGCCCCGUGGCGCCGGCUCGGGGCCCGCUGAGCGCGGGCCUGGGGCCCCUGGUACCCGGCAAGGUGGCCGCCACCAGCGUCAUCACCAUAGUCAAGUCCAAGACGGACGCCCGGUCGUAGGGGCGGGCGCCGCUGCCCAGGCGGGUCUUCCAGGGGCCACUAGGCACGCGCGGCGACGUGGGCAGCCCUGUUCCCCUUCCCUCCUCUCCCUCCUGCUCCCCCUGCUCCAGCCUUCCCUACAAAGCACAACCCACACCCCGGGGCACUGGGCUGAGCCCCUCGGAUCUCCUU